AUGCGCCGUCGCCAAUGGACCGUGGUCGGCCUCAUCGCCUUCCUGACGAUAUGUGCAUACACGAUAUUCCGAAUCCCUCCCGACCAGCGACCGAUAGCCCCCGUCCCGGGCUCAGCGAAACCCCCUCCGCCACAGGAACCCCAAAAGCCGCCCGGCGACGAUGCCGCCAAUAGCGGUGGCGGCGGCUCGCCUCCCGACAGACGACCUAAGCCCGCCUCCGGCACCGGCUCGCACCCCAUGUGGCACCUCAUGACGAGCGCCGAGAAGGACUUCCAGGACACGCUGAGGCGCCAGUCCAAGACGCUCGAGGACGCCGUCAAGGAGUAUAGGAGGCGCUACGGCAUUCCGCCGCCGCCCAACUUCGACAAGUGGUUCGACUUUGCAAAGGCCAACGGCGUGCAGCUCAUCGACGAGUUCGACAUGAUCAACGAAAUGCUCACGCCCUUUUGGGGCCUGAAACCCGCGACGAUACGGGAGCGCGCCAGGGAGGCACUGGGCUUCGACAACAACCUGCUCGGCCUCCUGAUCCGAGACCACAAGGUAUCGCACAUCCAGGGCGGGCAGGACUGGCAGCGAGACGCAACCUCGGGCAUGAUUGAAAAGUUCAUCCAGUACCUGCCGAGUAUGGACCUCGCCUUCAACAUCCACGACGAGCCGCGCGUCGUGGUGCCCCACGAGGACCUCGCUCGUCUCGUGACCCGCGCCAAGGACGUCAACAUGCCCAAGGCGAACGCCGCCGUGAACCCCGAGAACGCCUUCACUAAGCGCGCCGGCGACCUGAGCGACGGCAAGAUCAUCGUGGAGUAUAAGCAGACCCGCUUCAACGUCUUCGCCCACCAGCCUACCUGGACACACUCCCGCAUGUCAUGCCCGCCCGACACCCCCUCCCGCGGCCUCGAGGAGGACGAGCUCGCGGACGACCGCAGCAAGUACGGCGUCAGCGAGCUCGGCUUCGUCUACAACAUCACCGCCAUGUCCGACGUCUGUCUCUCGCCGUCCCUCCGUGAGACGUACGGCUUCUUCGACCGCCCCAACGCGUACAACGUCGUCCACGAUCUCUUUCCCAUCUUCUCGCAGUCCAAGAUUUCGUCCUACAACGACAUCCUCUACCCCUCGCCUUGGUACUGGUACAAAAAGGUUGCCUACGACGAGUCCAAGGACAUGCUCUGGGAGCAGAAGCAGGACCGCCUCUACUGGCGCGGCUCCACGACGGGCGGGUUCUCGCGCAACGGCGGCUGGCGCCGCCAGCACCGCCAGCACCUUGUGCAAAAGAUCAACGCCGCCGACCAGGCCAAGAUCUACACCAACCGCGGCGACGACAAGAGCCCCAAGUGGGAGGUGAAGGAGGUGCCCCGCGGCGACUACCGCGAGAUCAUCGACGUCUACUUCUCGCACGUCGGGCAGUGCGACCCGGGCGACUGCGACGCCCAGAAGGAGUUCUUCAAGGUCCAGGGCCACGCCGAGCAACAGGAUGCCUGGAAGUACAAGUAUCUCCUCGACAUGGACGGCAACGCCUUCUCGGGCCGCUUCUACGCCUUUUUGCAGUCGCGCUCCCUCGUCUUCAAGCUCGCCAUCUUCCGCGAGUGGCACUUUGAGUGGCUUCGCCCUUGGGCACACUACGUGCCCCUGAGCCUGCAGGGUGACGACUGGCUCGAGGCCGUGCGCUUCUUCGGCGACGGCGCCCUGGGCCGCAACGAGGCGGAGCGCAUGGCCAUCAGCAGCCGCGAGUGGGCGAACAAGGUGCUCCGCAAGGAGGACAUGGAGGUCUGGUUCUUCCGCCUCCUCUUGGAGUACGGUCGCGUCAUCGACGACAGGAGAGACAGCAUUGGCUUCUCCGUCGGCGCCAACCCGCAACCGCCGGCGUAG